AUGUGUUCAAUAGUGAAAAGACGUUCGUUGCUUCUGGAGCUGGGAUUGCUGAAUAGUUUGCUGAUUGGAGUCGGUGUUCUUCUAGUGUUUUGGUACAUUCGGUGGCGACAAAGCAGGAAGAAUCUGUACGAAGCGGCUGCGAAGGUGCCAACACCAGAAUGCAUGAUUCAACUACCUAUACUUGGUCACAGCCUUUACUUCAUCGGAGACACAGAACAGAUUUUGAAGAAUGUUUAUAAUAUAUCGUUGAAUAAGAGCGAAACGCCGUGCGCGGUUUGGUUGGCGCACAGGUUGUUCUUCUAUCUGAAGACACCUAAGCAAAUGGAAGUGGUUCUGAAUAGUCCGAAAUGCUUGGAGAAGGAUGAUUUGUAUAGGUUUUCCAAGCCGUUGAUAGGGCACGGACUCUUCAAUCUAAAUGUUGAAACGUGGAAAAAUCAUCGCAAAUUGAUUGCGCCCAGCUUCAAUCAAAGGCUUCUCGAUCAAUUCGUCGACGUCUUCGUCGAGCAGUCAAACAUUCUCACCAACAAAGUUCUCUCCAAAAAAGUGGGUAAAUUCUUCAACGUCGAAGAAUACAUAACAGCAGCUGCAUUGGAAAUGGUCACUCAAACUGCAAUGGGUAUAAAAACUAAUAAUCAAGAGAGCAAUUGCGAACUCGCCGAACAAUUGAACAGAGGUUUAGAUAUUAUGUUCAUGAGGAUGUUCAACGUUCUUCUCCAUUCGGAUUUUUUGUUCAAUUUGACUAGUUUGGCGAAAGAAGAAAGAACUAUCAUAAAUUCCUUCCAAGGUUUCAUUAGAAUGGUUAUUACUGAUAAAAGAGCAGAUUUCAAAAAGAAGGAGCAAGAAAUGAAGGAGUGCGUCGAAGCGCAAAUUGAUGAAUUCAAAGAGCGUAAAGUAUUCUUGGAUCAUCUCAUGGAAUUAUCUCAGAAUCAGCAGUUUACGGAUCAAGAAAUUAUUGAAGAAGUGCAAACAUUUAUGAUUGCUGGAUCAGACACUUCGGCUACAGUCGUUUCCUUCGUUUUAAUAUGUUUGGGAAUGUUUCCUGAAUACCAGCAAUUGGUUUAUGAAGAAAUCCUUGAAGUUGUUGGAUUAGAUCGAGACAUCGAGUGUACGGAUAUAGCGAAAUUGAAGUGCUUGGAGAAAUUUAUAAAGGAAACGAUGCGGUUGUUCCCAAUUGGACCAAACAUCGUUCGAAAAGUAACAGAAGAUCUUGAACUUGAUGGUCACAUUCUACCAAAAGACAGUGGAUUGGUUCUGGCUAUUUUCAGCAUCCACAGGAACGAGAAAUACUAUCCCAAUCCCAUGAAAUUCGACCCAGAGAGGUUUUCCCCCGAAGAAACCGCUAAAAGACAUCCGUACGCUUAUCUUCCAUUUUCUGCUGGACCAAGAAACUGCGUUGGUAUCAAAUUUGGUAUGACUGUUAUUAAGACAAUAGUUGCUUCGGUAACCAGGAAAUACUUCAUAGAAACGAGCUUCAAGACAAUCGAAGAAGUGCGAGUUAAGCAAUCCUUGAUCAUCAAGAGUUGCCUUGGUUUCCCAAUUAAAUUGACGGAACGUGUCAACACUUUACUAUGA